AUGAAGCCCGAUCCUGCAGUCGUUGUCCGAGUGCCCCAGGGCACGGGCAUCCCCUCCACAACCCUCAAAAUACUAUGUCGACGUUUCCAAAAGGCCCGUCUAGCCGCCCUCCAGGCCGAUCCAUCUGCAUUUUCGUCGACUUACGAGCGAGAGAGCCAAUUUGACGACGCUGCAUGGGCCCAACGAUUGCAGAACCCGGCGGCCCAAACGUUUGUGGCGCUUGUUAAAAAUAGAACCGAGUUCCCCCCAGAAGGGCAGAAGCGCCAGGAGGAAAGCAAGGGUGAGGAUAUCGAUGAGGUUAUUGAGCUGCUGUCAAACCAUGAAUGGAUGGGGAUGAUUGUGCUCGUCGGUCCAAAAGCGCUUGCAGCCGAUGGCUCUGAAUCAGCUGCUCCGUGGAAAGCGUUUGCAUCAAUGGGGCCGUCUUCAAUAUUGGAUAUGGCUUCGUUGAUUGGUGCAGAGGCUGCUUAUUUUGCAGCAUCAAUGUUCGUUCUGCCUGGGGCACGGAGGCAAGGGUUGGGCCGCAAACUUAUUACCCACGCUUCGGAGGUCGUGAAACGGGACUGUGUGGCAUUUGGGGCAUCCAAGUUGAAUAUUAACCUUUUGGUGGCCGCGGAGAACACUCCUGCUAUCAGCCUGUAUCAUAACUGUGGAUUUGAAGUUGUUCCUGGAGCAAGUCCAGCAUCGCGUGGGGUUCAGGAAACGGACCUGGCAACUGUUGCGAUGGUCAGAACCACUGAGAUCAUGACAGGCUCCUGA